CGAUUGAAUACAUUGGUCAUUAUUAAUCCAGAUUAAUUUUACACAUUUACACAUUGAAACCCGGCUUAAUACCCUCCUACUGCUGUCUCUCUUAGUACUAUUGUGUUAUACUUUAUUUAUUUAUUUUUUUUUAUAACCUAUGGACCGGCCGAGCAACCCCCUGUAUUGGAGCACCCGCGAAGUCUGUCAAUGGCUUCGCGAGACCUUUCAAUUCUCCGAGGAGGUUCUUGAGCGUUUCCAAGAAAAUGACGUAGACGGGAGUGUGCUCAUUGAAGACCUAGACCACGAAGCACUCAAGACUGAGUUCGGUAUCAAUUCAUUUGGCCAAAGGGCAAAGAUCCUCAAAACCAUAUGGAGAUUACGAGGUAAUGCAAUUCAUAAGACAGCCGAAGAAGCGGGGCAGCAAGGAGUUGACGGACAGAACGCUACAAUCAAAGGGACUUUGGGACUGUCAGAUACAUCAAUGCAAUCACAGGGCCUUUUCGGAUCAUCAACCGAGACAACAAUGAGCACAGGCACUUCUGUGCUGAAUAUGCAUGAUUUGGAAGAGGCAUUGCCAACGUACACACACACACUCGCAAAGAAUAACCAUGACUCAGUUUCGUCAGGCAUAAAUGACACGGGCAUUGCUAAGCGUCGAUCAGAACGCGGUGACGCUGAGCUCAAUGAAAUCCCCUUGCUGAAGGAGCCGCUCAAGGUGUAUCUGGACGGAAGUGAGAAAUCCCUGAGAGGUCGAGAGAACCGACCACGAUCACGAUUACAAUCUCAAAAUAUCAAGAAAUCCUUUGCAAAAAUGGAUGAUAUCUCGCUUGGCGAAACUGACGGAGAAGACGGUGAUGAAGAGGACGAUGAUGCAAAUGUAGAGAUGGAUAAUGCAUAUACAGAUGAGGACGACUUACCAUUAGCAUUGAGGGUCCGGAACUCAAAGAAACUGAUCAAUAAUGGCCUGGUAGGGGACCUUCGCUCUACCGGUAUGAAUCAUGUUGGCAUCAAGAGAUUCAUGCCAACUUUGGUGCCUACGGCAUCGCAACACAUGUCCAUUGGGAUCCAUUCAGCGCUCUCCUCAACUGUAUUUAAUCGCUCUUCAUCGAUUCCAACGCCACAGGACCUUGAGCCUGUUAAUUAUAUCCAACGCCGUCAGAAACCUAUCUCGGCACAUAGUGACAGCAAUACUGUUAGUAAACAAACCAAACAAACCAUAAAGAAGGUUUCAUUCUUCUCUCGUACAGGAGCGAGUAUAUCCGAUAUCUUUUUCAAAAAUGAUGGAGCACUUGAAAGCGACAGUGAUGACAAUUGGGCUGUCCGCCCAUCCUACUCGCCACAAAACCCAAUCCCCGAAGGCUACCGGCUACUCGUUCAGCGGAACAUGAAACGCAUCUUACGAAGCCCUCCAGUUCUAGAAACCCUUGACCACAUUGUAUAUGCACCAGUGAGACGGAGGCAGAAAGAUGUUCCAGUUCUAGUCUUCACCAAUAAUGGCGGCACUGUCGAAGUCCGCCCGUCUACUUGGGAUGUUGUAUUUAAAAAUAAAAGCAAGGAAUCAUCAUCGCUAUGGGUAGACUUGAGCCAAGGCGAGCAAGAUCUUACCUCUAUAGACUUCCGCAAAUUCAAGGGAGGAGUAACACAUGAUUUGCAGUCGCAUACAGUAGAAAAUGGCGAUGACCCUGUGUUGCCAUUGUAUGGCGAAUCAGAUGCGUCUGAAUAUACAACGGACGAGGAGCUAUACAAGCAGGUCGCAAGAGAAGAGAAGGAGCGACUAAAACCGCAUCCCAAAAAAUCUGAAGCAUCAUCAUCCAAAACAGUAACAGCGUUAAGUCCUGCUGAUGCUCAGAUCCUUAUUCAAGAAUACAAGGCCACUCACAAAGAAAAAUGGGAGAUUUCCUCAAAAUUAAGAUUAGAGUCCCGACGUAUGACCAUUUAUGACAAUCUAUUGAAGAGAAAUGGAAACCCUGCUAGUGCCAUCAAGUGGAUACAGAGCCGAAUUAAUGAGCUUGCUGGAAAGCGACUCACGAGCAUCGUUGAUGCGUUUAUGGAUACUACUUAUAAGAAUGCGAAUGAAAUUCAUAAAGCGUGCAAAGCCAUGGAUCGGACGUUGGAUGAAUUAUGGGCGUGGCAAUGGAAACUGGACCUUAUUCAGGGGCCAUUACCAUCUCUGGUAGGAGCAGAAGAUGGGACAAAGCACGAUAUUGAGGUAAUAUCAAGUAAGGACCCGCCACAUCCCAGAGCAGGCUCACCAUCCCCAACUAUUCAGAGUUCAGACUCAACCGGACAUCGAGAGUAUAUUCAGAAUUCCGGAAAGGAUGACACCGAUGAAGAGAUUAUGGCUGCAGAGGAACGACGGCAGAAGGAGCUUGAUCGACAGUUCAUUGACGACUCUGAGCUUAAUGUCGAUAUACAGGAUGGUAUUGAUAAUCUGGCAAAAGAUUUUCGACGCAAAAAGAAUAAGCAGAGGGAAAAAGGAGAACCAAAAGCAAAGCCUGAGAAUGGCAAAAAAGCUAAAGAAGACAGAGAGGACAUGACGCCCACUACCUCAACAUCGUCUUUAAAUUCACCCAAGGAGGGUCUAGAAGAUCCAAAUGAUCAGCUCAAGGAAGUAAGACGCCCAACAGGUCAAGGCGCAUCGUCACAAACAGAGACAACGCUAAAAGAAGGCCAAACUCUAAACUCUAAGGGAAUGGACCAAAUCCAGAGCGAUGGAUCUCUUGAUGGACUUAGGAUUAUAGAUGAAGACAUCGAGAUGCAUGAUGGGGCUUCAGACACCUUGCCGCAAACGAUUUCGGACAUAUCUGCUGGAGAUAUCAGUUAUCACGAUGAAGAAAUGGACAACGACCUGGAGUUGAAUUCUGAUGCGUCAUUAAAUUCAGAAGAGCCGGAGGAGUCACCUACAGAUGAAAAGGAAGAGGACAUCCCGAAAUCAUCAGUAUAUCGUGAGAUGCGUUAUCCUACCUGGAGAAAUACCUUGAGGGAUGACGAUGCGCUCAUAAGGGAGUUGCGUUUAAUUCGAAAGGAUGUGAGCCGCGGAAAAAGACUCAAUCAUCGUGGGACUUAUUUAUCAGCCUGGCAGGAAUAUACUGAAUGGAUUGAGUUGGAUUGCGGGGAUACCAUUUCUUUCAAAGACUUCUUGGCUUGGAAGGACGAAGGUAACACCACUAAGGAAUAUCGUAAGAAGGCAAGAGAAGCGGCAUUGCGACAGGCUGAAGAGGAACGACAGAAAAAAGCCGAGCGCCGUGAACAGAGAGCUCGUGAGUGCAAGGAGAAGAGGAUGGUCAAGAAACAAGGCUUGCUGCGUGCUAAGAUGGAGGCAAUUAAAGCUGUUAAAGCUACUAAGGCCACUAAGGUCGCCAAGGCUUCAGUUAAUAAAUCGAUGGCGGAACAGGAAGAAAAGGAAACAAGAAUGGAGGAAUACCAAAAGGAUGAAUUGAAGAAGGUCUCGGCUGUGGUUGACAAGGGCACGGCCCAAUCUGAAGUAAUCACUAUUCAGAGCGAUUCAAGUGAAGAUGACACAGUGGCUGUAGAUCGGCAGCCUAGUGUCGCCCCUUCAAAGAACCAUUCGAUGAGGAAUAGAUCAGAAGAUCAGGAUCUCUCAUUGUCUGAUUCCCAUAGUAAGGACCCCAAGUUGGCUCGAAAAGCCCGAGGAGCAACUAAUCAAUCGAACUCAUCCAAAAGAAGCAUUGACAGCGGUGAGGAUAUGGCGACUGAACCGCUAACAAUUCCACAACGCCAAACCAAGAAGCGAGGCCGAAUCAUUCGGAACCGGUUUGGUGAUUCAUCAGAUGAUGGUUCGGCUCUUUCUGGUGAGGACGACAAGCAAGUCAAGUCCGUUCCUAAGCGUAGGACUGUUCAGGUGAUGCGAGAAGAGGCACCCGACGUCCUAAGGCUCAGGAAUGAUGCACUUAAAAAUGAAUCAGAGCUAAAGAAGCGUAUUGCAGAUCAAGAAAUGAGAGCCAAAAUUCGUGGAACGAACGGAUCGCUUGAGAAAGACGAGGUUCUUAUAAAUCCUGGGCAUAAGAAAACAGAGCAUCCCGUGGCUAUUCCGGGGUUCCUAGCGCGAAAGCUUAAACCCCACCAGAUCGAGGGAGUGAGAUUCAUGUGGAAGAACGUUGUGAUGUUCGAUGGCGGAUGCAUCCUUGCUCAUGCCAUGGGUCUUGGCAAGACCUUUCAAGUUAUUGCUUUCCUUUAUGUAUUGUUAAGGGAAAUCCACCAGGGGAACAAGGAUGUUCCUAAGAAACUCGAGGAGGGUCGAAUCCUACUAUUGAUGCCACCUAUUUUACUCUCAAAUUGGGAGUAUGAAUUCAAAAAGUGGAUCACGGAAGGUGACGAGUCUAUUAUCAAGAUCCAUAAGCUGCCACUCAAAGUUAGGACCUACACUAGUCGAAUUGCAUGUCUUGAGGAGUGGCACAAGGAAGGAGGUGUACUCCUUUUAGGUUACCAAAAAUUCCGCGACUUGUGUUCUGGAGCUGGAGUAAGCCCUGAAGUCGCCGAACGAUACAAGCAGCUAAUACUUCAGGGCUCAUCACUUAUCAUUGCAGAUGAAGGGCACGCGAUCAAAACCUCGACUGCCAAAAUCGCUGCCACCAUCAAGAAUGUAAAGAGCACUUCUAGAAUUAUCCUUACGGGAUACCCGCUUCAAAAUCGAUUAGAAGAGUACUGGUGUAUGGUCGAUUUCAUUCGACCAAAGUUUUUGGGCGAUAUUUCGACAUUCCGUCAUAACUAUAUCCGGCCAAUCAAUAAUGGUCUAUAUCCUGACAGUACCUCUGUGGAAAAAAAGAUCUCUGCGAAAAAACUCAAUGUUCUUGCUGAGUUAAUCAAACAUUUCGUGUUUAGGAGAGAUCAAUCUGUACUGAGAGCGUCGCUUCCUAAGAAAACCGAGUUUGUUGUUUCAUGUAAAUUGAGCAAGAUGCAGUAUUUCUUGUAUACAUCUUUUAUCGCAACAAUCUUUAAGAAUGACCAAUGGGAUGGUGGUGUCCUCGGAAACGGUCAUAUUCUUCUCACCAUAUGCAACCAUCCAGCAGCAUUCAAGGCAUCAUUGGCUGCUAUGAAAAAACAAAAGGACAAGCUUGCCAAGGCCAAUGCAAGUGCGAAUAGCGGCGCUACUGAAUCAAAUACUUCUGUGCCAUCUACUGGAGUAAAGGGAGUUCCGGUGGUCAUUGACGACAGUGAGGAUAUUGAGGCUGAGAACCAAAUGGAGCGUGCCCUAAGCCAGAACAAAGAAAUUACCUCAAGUGACUGGAGUGGAAAUAUCAUUUGGGAGAGGAAUGUUACUGAUAUUUCACAUGGAUACAAGAUCAAGAUCCUCAUGGACAUCUUAACUGAGUGCAAGGUCUUGAAGGAAAAAGUUCUCGUUUUCACGCGUAGCAUACCUACACUCGACUUCAUUGAAUAUACUGCCUCAGAAAUGAAUUUCAAAUCUCUUAAGCUUGAUGGUGAUACAAAGCAUACGGAUCGCCAAGAUAUGAUCAAUGAAUUCAAUGAUUCAGAUGAGCUUGAUCUUUUCCUUAUUUCGUCUGGGGCUGGUUCUCAAGGAAUCAACCUGGUGGCUGCAAGUCGCGUGGUGAUAUUCGAUGUCGGCUGGAAUCCAAGUAACGAUGAGCAAGCAAUUGCUCGCGCGUUCAGAUAUGGCCAGACACGUAAGGUGUUCGUGUAUCGUCUCCAGACAUUCGGAACCUGGGAAGAGAAACUGUACAAGACGAAUCUCCACAAGUUAGGCUUAUCGAAUAGAGUGGUGGACAAGAAGAAUCCUAUUAAAGGCUAUACAAAGCUAGAGAUGAAGCAGUAUUUCCAGCCACCACCCUCUACUACGCCUAUCUGGGCUACAGAAGAGAAUAUUGAAGCAUUGUUUGCAAAGCCUGACAUGGAGGACCCGGUCAUGCGCAAAGUCAUUGAAAACAACCGCGACAUACUAACGAGGGUCAUACCACAGAGUGAACUCGUUCGUGAGGAGGUAUCAGACUUGACAGAGGCAGACAUGCUUGAGAUUGCUAAUAUGAUUGAAGAAGAGAAGCGACGUAUCGGAGGGUUCGAGGUACCCACUACGCGCCCAGCCCCGCAGACAAGCGCACAGCAGCAGCAGCAGCAGCAGCAGCAGCAGCCUGCAAUGACAUCCGUAAGUCAGUCACUGUCACAGCCACAAGCUGCUUCGAACCAACCAGGACACCACUGGCAGCAGCAAGCAGCCCAACCUGUACCAACUAAUCCAAACAGCCCAAUAGCCCAUAUGCGAGUGUCUGCAUUAUUGCAGGCUUCUGAAGCAAUAUUAGCGCAGCGACAGCGCCAGAGCGCUAUGGCCUCUGCUGCUACCCAACCACAGCCUGCAACACAAGCAAUAGGUUUAGAGCUAAGACCUCAACAGCGAGAAUUUUCAGAACCGUCAUCCAAGGAACAAUGGGACCAGUUGAUCAAGGUCCGGCAAGAAGAGAUGGCCAAGAUGCAGUCGGAGGCAUUUGAAGCUGCACGGAUUCGACAGGCGACUUUGGGGUCUACAUCAGCUGCAAAAGCAGCAGGGUCUCCACGGGCAGGGACAAUUGGUGCUGCUUCACCAAUCAGGUCGAUCCAUAUGCCCAAAACAGCAUCACCUAUAGCAGCAACUACACCCCUUGAAGCAAAUCCAUGGACCCCUUUUAGAGCCUUGGAUCCCACUGGCCCCAACGCCGCCAACCAUGAAGGUUUAUAUACUUCUAGCACCUCUAAUACGUAUAUGCCCAGUCCCAAUCCCUCCCAAAUGUCUAACGGGUCAAGUCCGAUGACCAACAAGGACACAAAUAGUCCGAAUGUUACAAGUGAUCACAACAGUGGCAGUGUGUCAAGACGCAUGACCCCUGCAGAAUAUGAAGCGCUCUCACAGAUACGACCCCCACCAUCGACGCCUCAGCCUCCUUCGACAAGCUCUCUUACCACAUCUUCAUCCGGCCCACUGGUUGGUGCUACUUUUAGAAGUGUUUUGGAGCGCCACUAUGGACCAAAAAGGGGAGAAUAAAAAAGGAUGCAUAUUAUUUACCUCAGCCAAUAAGAUUUCUGCCCACAGGGGGCAAUGUUUGAGCCAUGUAAACAAUAAAG